AUGGGAUUGAAACCAUAUCUUGGCCUUCGUGGCAAUUCACUCCUUCGAGCAGCUGUGCUGUUAGUUGUUUGUCCGACUUUCACGUGUUAUGGAUACAAUAUGAGUGUGGCUGGAGGCCUAUUGACGCUUCCUACCUUCAACAACCAAUUUCCUCGAAUGGAUACUAUCCAUACGACUGGGGCAUUGCAACAUGAGAACUCGACUAUUCAAGGCACGGUUAUUGCCCUCUACACGGUCGGCGGUAUUUUCGGAGCCCUAUCAUGCGUCUACCUAGGUGAUCUCCUAGGACGGAAGAAGGUUAUCUUCUGGACUAACCUGAUCAACAUCAUCGGCGCCCUUCUCAUGGCAACGUCUUUCGAUUUUGCCCAGUUCAUCGUCGCAAGACUAAUCCUCGGUGUGGGCAUUGGAGGAUACGUCGCUACAGUGCCUGUGUGGCAGUCGGAAAUCUCGCCAGCACACAAACGAGGCUCAAACGUCGUUACUGACGGAAUCUUCGUCGGUCUCGGGGUGACUAUAGCCCUUUGGAUUGAUCUCGGUUUUUACUUUGUCAAAGAGAACUCUGUCUCGUGGCGAUUCCCUCUCGCCUUCCCUAUACUAUUGUCCGUCAUAGCCAUGGUGUCCAUCAUGGUGCUGCCGGAGUCACCGCGCUGGCUGAUCAAGGCUGGCCGAAUCGAGGAAGCCCGAGAGGUCAUGUCUGCUCUCCAGGAACUCGAGUCAGACUCGGAGACAAUCACCGAUAGUAUCCAACAAAUCCAGACUACCCUUUCUGUCUGCGGGAAUACCUCCUGGACUGCCAUGUUCACGAAUGGAGAGCAGCGUCUCUUCCAUCGCGCGUAUCUAGCAGCCACUGGACAAUUCUUUCAGCAAAUGUGUGGUGUUAAUUUGAUCACUUACUAUGCCACCAGCAUUUUUCAACAAUAUCUCGGUCUUGACGCUGUAAAGUCCCGCAUCCUCGCUGCAUCAAUGGGCCUAAUGCAGCCCUUCGGUGGUUAUCUCGCCUACUAUACGAUUGAUAGUCUCGGUCGUCGACCACUAAUGUUAUGGAGUGCCGGAGCCAUGUGCAUCUGUAUGGCCGUCCUUGCAGGCACCACUUCACCCUCAGCUGCCGAUAAUACCGCUGCCUUAGUGGUAGCCGUGAUUGCGCUCUUCUGCUUCCAGUUCAUCUUCACGACCGGAUACUCAGGUCUCACCUUUCUCUAUGCUGCUGAGAUGGCUCCCCUACAGGUUCGGGCUGCAGUCAGUGCAGUCUCAACUGCCACAGUAUGGGUAUUCAACUUCUUGCUCGCUGAAGUGACCCCCAUCGGCUUUUCCACCAUCGGAAACAAGUACUAUAUUGUAUUUGCCGUGGUUAACGCGGCUAUUGUGCCAUCUGUGUACUUUUUCUUCCCUGAGACCAAGGGAAGGACCCUGGAGGAGAUUGAUGAGAUCUUUGCCCAGUCGAAGAGUAUCUUUGAUCCUCCUCGAGUGGCACGUCGGAUGCAGUUACAGGUUCAGAGACCGGAUUCCGAAAACAGUGGUUCUAAGAGUGAAUACGUUCAUGAAGAGGUCAAGGUUUAG